AUAAGCACAUUAAACGGAUGUAAAUAUCAGCGUUUCAGUGCCCAUGCAGGUGGAAAAAACACCCAAAAUGAAAAGUGGAAUUAUGGGAGCUGUGGAUUUAGAUAACAGAAGGAUGUGGCACCCAUCACAGUGAUUUAGAGUCCAUCGAGCAUCGGCGGUGUUGGUGGCGCAUUAAUGACCGGUCAUAAAGAUGUGGGAGGGGGAUUGAAGGCACUGGUAGACAAAGGAGGAGCGAGGCGGGGGGGGGGGGGGGGGGGGUGUAACAGAAAGAGGAGAACAGAUAAAGCCAGAGCCACCAUCAUGAGCGUCGCACUGUCUUACGACUCUCUGCCACUUCGGCCAAGUCCCAGCAGACGAGCUUUGGACUGGGAACGCAACAAUCUAGCUGUGCGAAGACUGUCUUCUCCGCGAGGUCUCAACCUGCUCACGCCUCCUCCUGUUCCUCGCCGACACUCUGCGAUCCCUAGCUACAUACUACCACCCAACCAAGGGAAGGAAGAGCAGAUCCAGCAGCAGCAACUGCCCUUGUCCAUGUGCUCAGAGGCCUCACUGGCAACCCCUUCAUCCCCAAGAGGGGGAACUUCUACACCCUGUUGUCGUCCAGUAGGCGUCAUGCACCUCCUGCGCCUUGGUCUCCUUUCCUUCAGCUGCCUCUUCUGGGCAGCCGGUUUGGCUAUAUUCACCCUGGGUGUGUGGGCCCAGAUAUCAUUGGCAGACUUCAUGCUGUUGUCUGCCAACCGCUAUCCCAAUGCACCACUCAUACUUCUGACUACAGGGGCAGCCGUCACCGCCUGGGGCUUCCUGGGUUGUUUGGGAGUAGCUGCCAACCUGCCCUGUGUUCUCAGGGCUUACGGGUUCUUUCAACUGGCUGCACUUAUAGCAGGUUUGGCUGCUGGACUCUCUGGACUCUUCUAUCGUGAAGACAUUGCUGGAGGAUUUCGCAGUGGUCUACAGCGAGCAGUAGCAGGCUACACCGAAGAUGAAGGUCGUGCUGAUGCCUUAGAUAGCUUGCAGAGAGCCCUAGAAUGCUGCGGUGCUGAAGGUUGGCGUGACUGGCUGACUUCCGACUGGGCUAUCCAACACCUGGCCAUCCCUACGACAGAGAACGGCACCUCAGUGUCCAUGCCUGAUAGCUGUUGUGUGAGGCGCAAGCACUGCAGGAACCGGCCUCUACUGUCCGAGGACAUCGAGGGAGUGAUCGCUGCAGGAAUUCAUCCACAUGGCUGCUUCCGGAAAGUGUUCAGUUUAGUCAAUGACAACGUCUUCCACAUUGCUGCCACCGUUUUGGGGUUAGCUUUCACCCAGAUUGGAGGCAUUGCCUUGGCAUGUCUUCUGGCCAACAGACUGGCACCAAGACAACGUCGACAUGUUGUGGCACCUUAAUGGUCAAUUGUAAAUUUGACAUGAACAGUUUUGUAAAAUGCUUAUGGAAUUUGCUGUUG